AUGGCUUUCUUCUCCUUCCCUAUUCCAUUCUCUGGAUCUUCUGCUCCACUCGACGAGAAAGCAGCCGAGAAGCAACAAAUCUUCGAAUCAGCGAGAUUACUCCAGCAAGAAGUAUCUCGAUUCCUUGAGCAACAAGUUGAUGUUCAGGACGACAACGAGAAUCCAGUCCGCCCACGUCUUCCAAUCUUUUUUGCGAAGGGAUUCAAUGCUCUUAAGGCGAAAGAAGUCGCUCUAAACUACGAGUGUCCAUUGCUCAACUUGAUUCCAUACACUAUCCAAAUGCAACUUCUAACCGAGUUCGGACCAUCUGAAGAUUACCCGAAAUUGGAUAAGAAUGGAUUUUUCAUUGAGACUCCGAAACCAGUGAUGGAGAGUAGAUAG